CUCUGCCUCGUCAUUUCCCGCGAGCUUCGGCGAUCGGUUUAUUCGUGUUUUUGUCUCCGCGAAGGAACGAACGGAAAAAGUCCAAAAUCUUGUCGAGAAACAACGUACGGGAUCGCCACCACAAACAUUCCACACGAUGGCAACGCGCAGUGAUAAGAAGACGAUGGAACGGGCCUCGAUAACCGCGUUCUACGCCGGAAGGAGCAUCUUCAUCACGGGCGGCACAGGUUUCCUGGGCAAAGUGUUGGUCGAAAAGCUUCUGAGAUCCUGUCCAGAGAUCCGAGAAAUAUUCCUGUUGAUGCGUCCAAAAAAUGGAGUGGGCAUCGACGACAGAUUGAGACAGAUGCUGCAGUGCCCGCUGUUCGACAAGUUGCGGGAAGAGAAACCGUCCACCUUCGAGAAGCUAAUUCCUGUAGGCGGCGAUGCAACGGUCGAGGGAUUGGGAUUAGGUACGCCCGAGAGACGAUUGCUCACCGAACGAGUUUCGGUGAUCUUUCACGUGGCUGCAAACGUCAGGUUCGACGCGAAUCUGAAGAAGGACGUAUUCGCGAACACCCGCUCGACGAGGGACGUUUGCAUUCUGGCGGGUGGGAUGAAGAACUUGGUGGCCUUGGUGCACGUUAGCUCGGCGUUCGCCCAAUGCGACAAGCCUGUCGUGGAUGAGAUAGUUUACCCUCCGAUCACCGACUGGAGGAGCGUCAUUAAGAUAGCCGAGAACAUGGACGAGAAGACAAUAAAAAUCAUUUCACCCAAGUAUUUGGGUUCGAUGCCGAACACGUACACGUUCAGCAAACGAGUGGCGGAGGACGUGAUCAGCGAUUAUGGGAAAUCUCUGCCGUCGGUGAUUUUCCGGCCGUCGAUAGUGAUAUCGACGAUCCAAGAACCGAUAAUCGGCUGGAUAGACAAUUUCAACGGCCCGGUAGGAAUGCUGAUAGGCGGUGGAAAGGGAAUACUGCGAGUGGUUUUCAUAAAUCCGUACUCUGCCAGUGAUUAUCUCCCCGUCGAUGUCACCAUCAAGUCCAUGAUUACGGUCGCGUGGAAACGAGGAGUAGAAACGAUAACCAAGGAUCCCACAGUCCACGUUUACAACUGCACGUCCCACGAUAUUCGUCGAAUCGUCAAUAAAGAACUGGUCGCAAUGGGUAUGAGGAUCAACAGAAAACUACCGCUCGAUGGAAUCAUCUGGUAUCCGCGGACCCUUUUGACAAACAAUCGUGUCCUUUAUUACCUGCUGACGUUGCUCUUUCACAUCUUGCCAGCUAUGCUCAUAGACGGGGUUCUGAAACUGACGGGCCGAAAACCGAUACUGCUCGGGAUUCAGGAGAAAAUCUACUUGACUGUGGUUCAACUGGGCCAUUUCUUGCACAACGAAUGGAUCUUCCGCAACGCCAAGAUGUUGAACAGUUUAACGAAGGACGUCCCACCGAGCGAGAAGUCGAUCUUCGGAUACGACUAUAGUCAUUUCGACAUUGAACGAUUCUUCCAGGACGCGUUGAUUGGAGCGAAACGGUACCUUCUGCACGAAGACCUGUCGAGAUUGGAAGCCCUCAAACGCCAUUACAACAGGAUGGAGUGGAUCGACAGGAUAUUCAAUGUGUGCCUAGCGACGGCGACGAUGUGGGUCCUUUGCAGGGUUGGAUUCUUUUCGUACGUCGCCGACAAACUUACGUUCAGCAUGACCUAAUCGUACCUGCGAAACGAGUAUGCUCUCGCGCGUGUUUCGUAAGUUCAACAAAGUUGAUCGUCGACCACCGAAUAUCAAGAUUGUUAAAAAUAAAAGGACAACAUCAUAG